AUGGCUGAGUCAACAGAGGUUCGAACAGAUGGCAAUUCUCUGCUGAAGGCUGUCUAUUUGAGUCGUCUGCGUCUGACUCGACUGCUCUUGGAGGGAGGGGCCUACAUAAAUGAGAGUAAUGAACACGGCGAGACACCACUUAUGGUGGCUUGCAAGACACACCAUACAGAUUCACAGAGUGUACCCAAACUUAAGAUGAUUCGGUAUCUUCUGGAAAAUGGUGCUGAUCCAAACAUCCAAGACAAGACGGGGAAAACAGCUCUGAUGCAUGCAUGCCUUGAACAAGCUGGAGCUGAAAUUCUGUCACUCCUGCUGAGCAGUGGAGCGGCUCCAACUCUGGAGGAUCAUGCAGGUUUUUCAGCAUUGGUUUAUGCUAUCAAUUCAGGCAACAGGGAGGUCCUCAGGGUCCUCCUGGAUGCUUGUAAAGCGAAGGGUAAGGAGGUUAUCAUCAUCACCACCAACAAACUGCCAUCCGGCCAUCAUUUGUCGAAGCAGUACCUCAAUGUGCCUCCACCUCCUGACCUUGAGGAGUGUUUACAUUAUACCCCAACAUCUUGUUGCAUGUCUCCAUAUGAGGUCCAGCUACGAAUUGCUCCACAAGCCUCCUCAGCAAGUGCUUCUCCUCAACCUGGUAGCCCUCAUCUUGAGUGUUUAGGCUCAGGGCCUGGUAUAGUCACAUCUCGAGCAAGUUCUCCAAUACAACAUUCUAGUCCUUUGCUUAUUCCUGGUGUGGAUAAGCAACUUAAUCUCCAGAGGCUACACUCCGAGCAGUGGUCCAAAAGUCCUUCCCUGCUGCUCCAGCAGAGCCAGGCCUCCUCUCUGACAGAGGAGCCAAUGGAAAUUACACCUGAGGAGGAGUUGUCUUUCAGAGUCAAUAACUCUGCCUUCCAGAGAAGACCUCCAGCUGUUUCACGCCACCAUAGCAUUGAUGUCAAAAACACAACAGGGCUUCUGAAAGCACUAGAGAACAUGUUAGGAAAUGAGAAUAGGUGGGGGGGUGGAAAAAGAUGCUUUGGUAGAAAAAUGUCAUAUGAUAGUGCUGCAAGUUCACCACAUUCUGCUUCCCACCCAAACUUGCAUCAAGUCAGUCUCCCCUUUCCCAGUGAACCCAGUCCUGUGGAUGGAGAUUCUUCUGACUGUCUCAGACAACUGCAAGUUUCCAGUCUGCAAAAUGUAGUCUGUCGGCGGAACAUUGGCAUUGACCACUACAAUUCUGACUCUCAGUUGCCACAGUUUAAUAUCCGAGACAAUAGCUCAAAGAAUGGUGGCGGAGCUGCAGCAGGACCAGAAAAGCACAAGCUAGUCAACAGCAGAUCCUCCACUCUAUCAGGAUCCAGAGAGUCCCUGGAGAGCUCUGUCCAGAGACGAGGCGCCGCCGGUCUGGAGCGAAGAGGCUCAGGGGCCCUUCUUCUGGAUCACAUUGCCCACACUCGCCCUGGCUACCUGCCUCCUCUGAAUCCCCAUGCUCCUAUACCAGAUAUCGGGGUCAGUUCUAGCUUUUCCUACCCUUUGAGUGGAAAUAGUAAGACACUGAAUGGUACAGGAUCAAAGCCUAUUCCACCCUGUGCUGCUGUUUUCCAGAGGGACCUAAAACCUAAGAAAAUGCUGUGGAGACGCCACUCAAUGCAGAGUGAGCAGAUAAACCAGCUGGUCAACUUCAAGGAAACUUUUGGCAACUAGAA